CCAAACUCCAGAGUCUGAAGUCUAAACCCGCGAAAAAACUUGCGCCGAUCAACACACCGUACCCUCUUUCAAAUGAUAUCGGAGGGACGGACGGAACGAUAACUAACGUAUCAGUACCACAUUCGUGAACUGAUUGAAUCCGCCCCGAAUCCUACCGACAACAAUCGGGCAUGAAUCGGAUUCAGGCGACCGACGAGCUCUCUUUCCGGGUCGGCUUCUCCGGUCAUAGCGGCCACCUCCGGGUGGAGCCUAUCUCCACCGUCGAGCGUGACGACCCAAUCAAGUCUCUCCCAGAUUUCAUACUCCCCCCGGCAUUUCCUGAGGAAACUUAUGAAUCUAUAAAGGAGCAUAUAGAGGAAAGGUACUUGUUGCCGAGGUUAGACGAGGAGGAAUUCUCUGCCGAGAAAGCCGGGAGGCAAUGGGAGUUUGAUUGGUUUGAGAGGGUAAAAGUACCGUUGGAGCCAUCACAGCCUCGGUCAGUGGUGGUGCCAACGUGGGAGCUGCCUUUCAGAAGGAACCAAAAGGGUUCUACACAAGGAGUAUGGGAGCCCAAUUCGGUCGAGGUGGAUGUGUUAGAAUUAACUGUUGGAGAUCAAGAGUAUGGCCCUCUUCCACGCAUGACUGGGCCUGCGAAGGAUUUUGUCAGAGGAAGCAUCAAUAAUCGACCCUUUCGUCCUGGGGGUUUGGAUGAUGGUCAUUCUUUAGAGAGAACAAUUCCUGAUGGUGCUCGUAAUGGGCAAUGGGUACAUGAACUGCUGAAUGGAGGCCCGGCUCUGUCUACUCCUCCAGGCCUAAAAAACGGGCUAGACUUGGGAGAUCUUAAGGCAUAUCCAUGCUCCUGGAAUGUCUACAAGGACCAAACUCCUAUUAGUAGCACAUCGGACGAGAAAUUGGGCGAGUUAUCUGUGCAGUUUGAUGACUUAUUUAAAAGGGCAUGGGAUGAAGGUGAUGUUACUCAGCUGGAGGUAGAAGAGGAAUCGUCAGACCCAGAUGGUGAAGUGGAGGUUGAGGGACCAAACAAUGUCUCUGUCUUAGAUGUUGAAGUGAAGGUUGAGGGGCCAAGCAAUGCCACCCAGCCUGAAUCAUCUCUUUUAGAGGAGAUACUGUCUGUUGAAUCAGGUGGAUUGACAACCAGUUCAGACAGGAAUGUUAAUGAUGAUGGAAGCCAAAAUAAAGAGGUUCAGUCUCUCACUGGGGGUAGUGAUUGGAUUGCAAAGCACUUCUAUGAGCUCGUGCCUGACAUGGCUCUCAAUUUUCCUUUUGAAUUGGAUGCAUUUCAAAAAGAGGCUAUCUAUUUUCUUGAAAAGGGAGAAUCUGUAUUUGUUGCUGCUCAUACAUCAGCAGGGAAGACUGUGGUUGCAGAAUAUGCAUUUGCACUUGCAUCUAAACACUGCACCAGGGCCGUCUACACUGCACCCAUCAAAACUAUCAGCAACCAAAAGUACCGGGAUUUUUGUGACAAGUUUGAUGUUGGCCUUCUGACAGGUGAUAUUAGUUUGAGACCAGAAGCUUCUUGUCUUAUCAUGACAACUGAAAUAUUAAGAUCAAUGCUCUAUCGGGGUGCGGAUAUCAUACGGGAUAUUGAAUGGGUUAUAUUUGAUGAAGUACAUUAUGUCAAUGAUGUUGAAAGAGGUGUUGUUUGGGAAGAAGUUAUAAUAAUGCUUCCAAGGCAUGUCAACAUCGUCCUCCUCUCGGCAACGGUUCCGAACACUAAAGAAUUUGCUGACUGGAUUAGUAGAACAAAGAAAAAGGAUAUUCGUCUUACUGGAACAACAAAAAGACCAGUGCCAUUGGAGCAUUGCAUAUUUUAUUCAGGAGAGCUGUACAAAAUAUGCGAGAAUGAAACACUUAUAGCCCAGGGAUUGAAAGCUGCUAAGGAUGCAUGGAAGAAGAAAAACUCUAAUACUCCUGGUGGAAGUACUGGACCUCUACCAGGGUCUCCAGCUGUGCAAAGUGGAGGACGUGGUCAAAAGCACGAGUUGUCUAAUCGUGGCAAACAGACUAAGCAUUCUGGUCCUCAGAAUAUGGGAAACCGUGGAAAUCAAAACAGAGGCACCGGUCAGUCUAACUGGGGUCCAAGGAGAUCCGAGGCUCAAAUGUGGUUGCAGCUUGUUAACAAGCUUUCAAAGAACUCCUUGCUUCCUGUAGUUGUAUUUUGCUUCUCAAAGAAUUGGUGUGAUAGAUCUGCUGAUAGCUUAACUGGGACUGACCUCACGAAUCGUUCCGAGAAAAGUGAGAUCCGUGUUUUCUGUGACAAGGCAUUUUCGCGACUAAAGGGAUCAGAUCGUGAUUUACCACAGAUUGUAAGAGUUCAAGGCCUUUUGCAAAGAGGGAUCGGUGUGCACCAUGCUGGUCUGCUUCCAAUAGUAAAGGAGGUUGUUGAAAUGCUGUUCUGCCGAGGAGUGAUUAAGGUCUUAUUUUCAACGGAGACAUUUGCCAUGGGGGUUAAUGCCCCAGCUAGGACAGUUAUAUUUGAUUCUUUGAGGAAGUUUGAUGGCAAGGAAUUCAGACAUUUACUCCCUGGAGAAUACACUCAAAUGGCUGGCCGUGCUGGGAGAAGGGGCCUUGACAAAAUUGGUACAGUAGUUGUUUUGUGCCGCGAUGAGAUUCCCGAUGAUAGUGAUUUAAGACGCAUAAUAGUUGGGAGUGCUACGAGGCUUGAAUCUCAGUUUCGACUGACGUAUAUUAUGAUCUUGCAUCUUCUUCGAGUUGAAGAAUUAAAGGUACUCUAAAAUGACUGCUCUUAAUUCUUACCUAGCAUUUGCUUUAUGUGGAACAGUGUAAAUAUGGAACAAAUGCAUUUAUGGGUAAGUCCUUUGCAAUUUUACUGUUUUGGAAGUGUGAACUACACUCCACCAAAAAGAGCUAUGCAAAAAACAGUUAAGUUUCUGUUCAGUGACUGGUGAUAUGGGUAUGGGUUUCCUCUUGUUCAUUUUGUGGUUGUCUUGUCCAGUACCAUGAAUGGCAGACAGAACUGCUAGACAGUUAAAUUGUCUCAUCCUAUACGGUGCUAAAAGGAAAUGGAUCUCUUCUACAAAUUCUUCCAGAUGAGCAUCAACUGAAUUAAGACGUAAAAUAAAUUCUGGGCAAGUUAGACCAUCUCUCAUAGUUGCACUAAAGUCUGGGCAAGUUAGACCAUCUCUCACAUGAGGGUCAGUUGGCAUAUUUCAGGCUUACGAAGUCAUUACAUAAGUGAAUUCAAGGUGUUCAUUUUUUCCAUGGAAUUUUUUAGAACUGCAAUGUGUUGAAAGAAUUUGAUUCUAGAUUAUGGACCUAGCGGCUUCUUUAUUCAGACAUUUCAAAUUAGCUAUUGGACAUGGAAUCUGCUGUCGAUAUUUUCUUUCUUCAUGCUUUGGCUGAUAGAGAAGUGUAAGUGCAGGUGGAGGAUAUGCUGAAGAGAAGUUUUGCUGAGUUCCAUGCUCAGAGAAAACUUCCUGAAAAACAACAACUACUUCUGCGGAAGCUUGCUCUGCCUACAAAAACUAUUGAUUGUAUCAAAGGCGAACCAUCAAUUGAAGAGUAUUACCAGAUACAUUUAGAAGCUCAAGAUUAUGAUGACCAAAUAUCGGUUGCAGUUAUGCAGUCCUCUGCUGCUCAACAAUUUCUGAACCCUGGAAGAGUGGUUGUUGUGAGAUCACAAUCAGCACAAGAUCAUUUGCUUGGAGUGGUCCUGAAAGCUCCUUCAGCCACAAUGAAACACAUAGUCUUGGUGCUGAAACCUGAUUUACCACAAUCAUUGCAAAUCUCCUCAAGUAGUGGUAACAUGCAAGAACAAAAGGGCAGUGAUUUCCCACAGGCUGUUAUGUUGAUGCCCAAAUCAAAACGUGGGUUUGAUGAACAGUACUUAACCUCAGCUGGCUCUCGGAAAGCUUCAGGAGCUGUGAACAUAAAAUUACCAUAUCAGGGUUUUGCAGCUGGUUUCAGCUUCGAAGUCAGAGAGAUGGAUAGCAAAGAAUUUUUGAGCAUAUGUGAUCGUAAACUAAAGAUUGACCAAGUUCGGCUUCUUGAAGAUGGUAACAGUGCAGCUUUCUCUAAGACAGUUCAAGAGCUGUCGAAACAUAGAACUGAUGGGAAGUAUCCUCCACCCCUAGAUCCAAUAAAAGACCUGAAGUUGAAGGAUGUCGAUCUUGUGGAAGCAUAUGGAAAAUGGACAAACCUACUGCAAAAGAUGGCCAUGAAUAAAUGUCACGGGUGCAUAAAGUUGGAGGUACACAUGGCUUUGGCAAAGGAGAUAAAGAGCCACAAGGAUGAAGUUGAUUCUCUGCAGUAUCAACUUUCAGAUGAAGCACUAAAACAGAUGCCGGAUUUUCAAGGCCGGAUAGAUGUGCUGAAGGACAUAGGGUGCAUUGAUGCUGACCAUGUAGUUCAAAUCAAAGGUCGUGUUGCCUGUGAGAUGAACUCAGGGGAGGAAUUGAUAUGCACGGAAUGCUUGUUUGAAAAUCAACUUGAUGACCUGGAACCCGAGGAAGCUGUAGCGAUUAUGUCUGCCUUUGUGUUCCAGCAGAGGAAUACUUCCGAUCCUUCACUGACACCAAAACUCAAACAAGCAAAAGAAAGAUUGUACAACACAGCUAUAAGGCUGGGAGAGCUUCAAGCCGGGCAUAACCUACAGAUAAGCCCCGAGGAGUACGCCCAGGAAAAUCUGAAGUUUGGUCUUGUUGAAGUCGUGUAUGAGUGGGCAAAGGGUACUCCCUUUUCCGAGAUUUGUGAACUGACUGAUGUUCCUGAGGGGCUGAUUGUACGGACCAUUGUGAGGCUGGACGAGACGUGCCGUGAAUUCAAGAACGCCGCUUCCAUAAUGGGCAACUCCGCGCUCUACAAGAAGAUGGAUUUAGCCUCCAAUGCAAUCAAGCGGGACAUCGUUUUUGCAGCUAGCUUGUACAUCACCGGAGUGUAAGUUUAACCAAAACUACUCUGCCUUGGCAAAUGUAAAUUCAUGUUCUUCACAAUCUGUCUAACAAAAAUUUCCCCGGUGAUAUAUUAUUUUCUGUUAAAUCUUCCCGCUACAAGUUCCAUCCUCAGAUGACAUUAGCAUUCAUUCUUCCCCUUUGCUAAUUCUGAGUUCUAACUGUUAGGACUUACCCAAUCUUUGUGCAAUUAACUAAUUGAUUUUUUACGCACUUGGCUUUGGUUCCUAGUUGAGAUGCUCAGUUCAGGGCUCGCCCUUAUGAACUGGUUUAACAUCGAUUCAAAGCGGAUCCAUUCACUAUCCGAAUCCAUAGACGUCCAGUUAAUCAUCUUUCACCAGCGCAGAAAUGCGCACUUGUGCAAAUUGAUUGAAUUGGUUGUGCCACCAUUGAUACCUCCGAAUUGUAAAUAGAUAGCGUCCAACCUCAAAGAAGACGGGAUUAACAGUAGUACUACUCGACACGAUCCUUCCCACAAAUAUGGUAGGAGCUGCAGCCUUAUUGCACAUCAUAAAAGGAAAGGAAUCACCCAUGAAAACUACUAACACACAUCCAAGAUCAAGAGUCGUGCACUGAAACAGAGCCGCAAAUGAGACGUGGAGCAUCAACAGCGGCGGACUUGGUAUCAAUUGUCGCUUCUUCUGGGUUUAUCUGAAUCAAAAAUAACAGGAGCAUGGGCAGUGUCAGGGAUCCACUCAUUGGUGGCUGGGUUGCCCCUGUGGCUGCUGGCAUGGUGCUGAUCAUCACCAUCAGGUGCCAAGCUGAAGUUGUUGACUUUGCCUUCCAUCUUGAUGAACCCUGUGGUUACCGUGUGAUGCUGCUUGUCGACGCAGUUGAGAUCCUGAUAGUAGUCUGUUUCCACAAACUCCUCCCCCAUGCCCUCCUCGCUUCUUCCACCGCCACCCAGUUUCUGCCAUUCCCAAAGACACAAAAUCAGAAACAAGAAAGAAGAAAGGAAACCAAACCAAACCAUCUAAAUGAAAUGAAUGAAGGGAAGUACUUGAGUGUCGACAUCCUCGAGGCGUUGGAACUCGACGUACUCCGGGAUAGAGGGGUCGCCGUCGACUGCAGCAGAAUCGACGUAUUGAGCAGAAGAAGGGUCGCUCCGCUGGGGCUUGGUGUGGCGCUUGGGAGCUACUCCAUCGAAGUACCCUCUGGUCUGUUGCUCAAUCUCUGCCUCCUGCUCCGCCGACAGAUGGGCGUCGCUCCGAUUUGGCCUGCUGCUGCAGCAUUCCAUAUUUCUUUCCUGAUGAAUGAAUGCUCUUUUGGGUUUUCCUUUGGUUGGGGGGCCAUAAUAUAUAUAGAAGCUUAGCUUCAGA